AAUAGAGUUAAUGUUUUACUUUCAAAGUAGUUUUUAGGUUUUUACGUUCCAAGCAGCUACAAUGUUUUGAUACGAAACAAGGAAUAAAUCUAACAAAAAUGAUAUAACUUAUGCAUACAUAGAAGAGUUUUAUAGAGUGGCGACAUUUUAAAACGGUGCAUUAAAUUUUGUCUGGCAAAAAAAUAUUCAAACAAUCAUAUGAGUUGAGGGAAUUGAACUUGUAUUUCAAAUAUGUUAGCAAUUACAAGAGUAAACUAAAGAAACUGGUAGCUGGCAUAAAUGGUGAUGCUAAUGCCACUGGUGGAGGACCUCCUGAAGGGGGUACUCUAUCAAACAUUGAAAACCGAUUUCUGGCUCUUUUGGGGCCAGGAUUCGGCCAGGCAGCCCCCCGGGUGAGCGUUGAUCCCUUUCCUGUUGAUGUGGAUUCCCCAUCAAUAUUAAGUAAUAUGAAUAUUGGUGCUGAAGAUAUUAUCCAAGAGCAGAUUGAAUUUGAAACCGAGUAUCUCGAGGAUCCAGGUGGCAGUUCUGCUCCGAGGCUGUUUCUCCCUACCGAUGCUAUUGAGGCAGCUGUCGAUACUUCAACUGCCGGUGCUUCAGAACGUCCACCUGUGAAUGCUGCAGAACGUGGAGCAACUGGUGGUGGAGUGCCAACUUUGCCACGUCAAACUCGCCGUAGCAGAUACAGAUACCGAAGUCGACCGCUGGCUCCCCUUGAUGAGGCGAGAAGGAUUCUGUCACAAGUGGAAAAGCAGCGAGCAGCAGCUGAUGCAGCCCAAGCCGAAGCCCUCAAGCUUAUAGGCCAAAAUCUUGGCCGAAUAGCUAAUGCAUUAGAAACAUAUUUAUCAAAUUAA